CUCGGCCGCCGCUACGUCAUUCGGAGCCCAGGCCAUGUCAUCCGCACUCGCCUCCACUCGCGCAGCGCUUUGGACGAGCGACCUGCUGUCGUACAUUGACAGUCAAUUCGCGGCUGCUGCUGCCGCCGAGUCGGCUGCUGCCGCGGCCGCCAACAAUGCCGUACAACGGGGUAGCUCCUCCGUAUCCCAACCGACAACCGCCAACUUCUCCCCAGAGUACUGCAACACGGCCUCGCCCGGCGUUGUCGCCAGCCCCGAUUGGGCGCUGCUGUCGGCCGACGUCGACUCCCUGCGAGCAAUCGACGGCAACGGCGGCGGCGCGGGAGCGGCCGCUGGCGGCAGUAGCGACCCAUGGGUCCGUCUGCUCGACCACCAGCCAUGCGCUUCGUUGCUGUACUAUGCGCGGCUUGCGGGCGCCACGUUUCUCGACGGACUGCUGGAUAGCAGCAAGCUAGUCGACUGGGCAUGCACGCAGCUGGCGGCAGUUGCAGCAGCCCUGGGCGGCAGGGCGCCGCUUGCUAGCGGUGGCAGCGGUGCCUUGUCCGCCGGCGCUGGCGGCCCUGGCGGCGGCGGCCGGCCUCUAACGUCGGUGGAGCAGCUUCGGGCGCAGGUUGCCUUGCAGCUGGUCCUAACAACGCUCCCAGACCUCACUCAAUCGCAGUUGCAUGUACGGCGGCUGGUGGAUGUCGUACUCGAGCUGCUGACCGCUGCCCGGGGCACUGCGGGUUAUGCCGGUGGGGGCGGAGGCGCUGACGUGGCAGGCGACGCCGCUGCUGCGGCGGCGGCGGCGGUGCAUUCACCCGCCCAUUCGCCGUCGCCGACGCCGCCAGGCUGCUCGACAGCUAUAUUUGGCUCCUUGCCGACCGGCGGAGGUGGCAGCAGCAGCAAUGCAACAGCUGCUGCUGCCACUGCACCAACAUGCACGCUGGACUCGUCCUUGGUCGGCAUGGCAUUGGACUGCUUGGAGUGCUUUGCGAAAGACGCCACGUCGGCGGUUUUAUCCCUGGACUCCCUGCCCGUAUUCGUGAGCGCGUUGCGGGCGCAUUGGCCCUCGCCAAGCACCAACGAACCGGCGUCGUCAACCGUCAAGUCCGGCGGCGGCGGCGGCGGGUGCUUCAGUGGUGACGGCGACGCUGCUGCGGUGCGACGGCAUGCUGUUGCGGACAGGCUGGCGGCAGUCCAUGCAGGUCUCGCAACCUCCGUCAAUACAAGGCUGCUCUCCUUCAACGUCAUCGCCGCGUUCCGAGACCUGGACCGUGCAGCCGCAGCGGGUAACCUCGACGCCGGGCUCGUCGCCCUGACCGCCGCCUGCUCGGGCGACCUCGGCCGACCCGCACCUGCCGUACAGCUGCUUGGGGACUGGGUGGUAGGGCUGCCGGUGGUGGCGCCGCCGCCGCUGGUGCCGUCGCCGGAGGCGUCGUCGUCGUCUUCGGCGGCGGCGUCAGCGGAGCAGCUGGCGGCGCGGGCGGAGCAGAUCGAUUUGGCGCUGCCUUGCCGUACAGUGUACGCAUGCCGGCUGCUUACCAGGCUGGCGGCGGAGUGUCGCCGCGUUAGAGCUGAAGCUGCGGUGAGUACGGCAAGAGGCUGGCCGCCGCCGCCGCCACCACCACCGCCGUCAUCACAGCAGCAGCAGCAGCCAGCUGGGAGCCUUGGCGGGGGCGCGGUAGGGUCCGGCGCUACAUCGGAGCGGCCGGGUGCUGGGGGUCCUUCGGUUGGGUUUGGUUUCGGAUCUGGGUCCGCUAGGGCCCAGCGGGCUGCUGCAGCGGCAGCUGCGGCGGGUGCGGGUGCGGGGGUUCAGCAGCAAGGGGUGAUGCAGCAUAGUGGGGCUUCAAGCACUGCUACUGCUGGGGUGUCGGGAGGAUCUGGAGGUCCGGGACUGACCCGUGGGUCACAAGAGGCCGGCGGCAGCGGCCAGGCAGAUGGGGCGGCCCCUGUGCUGCAGGAUGCAGUGAUUGCGUGGCUACUGAGCAGGCCAGGGCCCUGGCGUAACGCCCGUAGCAGCAGCAGCACUACCGCUGCAGGGGCCCCAGGAGUCCGCAACAGCAGCAGAAGUGGCAGUAGCAGCAACAGCAACAACAGCAACCCUUGGGACGAGCUGCAUGCCCGACGAACGGUGCAAUUCCUGGUUUGCAUGUCGGAGAUCGGCGUCUUUUCACCCAGCGCCUUCGUCCAAAGCUUGCUCGUGGAGGGAGUGUUCUCUCCAAGCUCUGCGAUCGACGGAGCUUACAUGUACGGCAGUCGUAGCAAUGGCAGCAGCAGCAGCCUGGCGGCUACCAUGGUUGCUACUGCCUUGGGCAUUCGCAGUACCCCGGUGGGAUGGAACUCUGCUCCUACUGCUCCCAUGACGACAGGCGUGGCGGAGAGCUGCCAUGGCGGUAUUAGCAGUCGCAUCAUUCGCGCCUGUUGCGGCUCAAUUGCUGACGUCGCCGCGCUCGCGUUUUACCUGCAACACCUGCAUCCCCAACUGGUAACAGCGUUGGACGACCAGUCGGCGGCAGCAGCAGCGGCGGCGACGGCGGCCAGGCCCGGCGGCCGUCGUACACUGGGCGCGGGCGGCAUUGCUAGCGGACAGCAGCAACAGCAGCAGCAGCGGCAACGAGCGGCCGCCGCCGCUGGGGUGCUCACCGGCGGGAAUUCGUACGGCAGAACCCGCAAAAGUCUCCUGGCGUUGGCGCGCCUCUACCAGAGCUCAUGCUGCAAGAAGGAGGGCUUAACAUCCGCGGCUGCGGGGCUGACGGGAGGGGUGCUGCUUUCCGGGGUGCGUGGCCGCCGCAAGCGGCAGCGGAGGGCUCGCCUAGAGGGCGCGGCGACGGAGCCGGCGGCGGCGGUGGAGGCUGCCGGGACGCCGUCGGGAACCGCUGCUGCCGGCGGUGACGGUCCGGCAGCAAAGCGGCGGCGACGGAGCUUUGGCGGGCAGCCGUCUACAGGUGCCGUACAGGACGCAGCAACGCCGCCGCCGCUGCCGCCGCUGACGGCGACGACGCCGC